UUGGAUAAUUCAAAUGUAUUAAUUUUAUGUAUUACAUUGGCCUCAAUGGUUAUUGUUUCUUGCUCUAAUUUGUUGUGCUUAUAUUUGACUUUGGAACUUCAAAGUCUAUCUGUUUUUAUAUUAAUAGCUAGGAAAAGAGAAAUAGUAUCCAGAAUAGAAGCUUCCUUAAAAUAUUUUAUUUUGAGUUCAAUAUCUUCUGGGUUAUUCUUAUUAGGUUCUUCUCUUGUUUUUCUUAAUGCAGGUACAUAUGACAUUACAGUUCUUUCCUUGGACGCAUAUUUUAUAGAAAAGUCUCUGAUACUUGUAUCUUUAUUAUUUAAAUUGGCUGCAAGCCCCUUUCAUUUUUGGUCCCCAGAUGUUUAUCAAGGAUCUGAUAAUAAGGCUCUUUUAGUUUUAGGAACAUUACCUAAAAUAAGUAUUUUAGGAGUGUUAUUAUUACUAAUUCCCAACAGCAAACUAUUGUUGCUAGCAACUAUUUUAUCCUUAAUUAUAGGUUGUGUAGGUGCAAUAAAUCAAACCAAACUUAAAAGAUUAAUGGCCUAUAGUAGUAUUGUGGGAAUGGGUUUUAUUUUAAUGGGAGUGAGCGUAUAUACUUUUGAAGGAUUAGAAGCUGGAAUACUUUAUUUACUAAUCUAUUUGUUAACUUUUGCAGGCAUUAUAAUAAUAGCUGAUAAAACUAUAGAAGAAAAAUCUACAAUAGUAGAAUUAUCAAAUUUCCUUGGUUCUAAUGUUGUUUUAUUAGGUUCAUUUAGUCUUUUAGUUCUUUCCUUAGCUGGAAUUCCUCCUUUAGGGGGUUUCUUAGCUAAAUGAUUUAUUAUAUCCACUGCAAUCAACAAUGAGUUUUUAAUAACAAGUAUACUUUCCAUUAUUUGCGCAAUGGUAGCUGGAGUAUAUUAUCUUAGAUUAGUAAAAAUUAGUUAUUUUCAACAUGAUAAGUUAUUUUUAGUAUGAAGAAAAGUAUUAUUAAAAAAGUCUUUUGGUUCAGAUUUUUAUGGAGUGACCACAGGCAUAAUAGUCUAUUUUGUGUUAUUUUUUCUAUUGUCCCCUCACAUCCUUCAGGAAACUCUACAUUUCGGUGUAUUAAGUAUAUUUUAA